CCGGAGCCUCCAUCCGGACAAAGAGCAGUGUGUGUGAAUCCUGCCCCGUCACCCCCGCCCUCCACCGGCUCCCCUCCUCUCUCUCACCCCGCCUGCUUCCACACCAACAUCCACUCACUUAUUCACCACAUGUCCCACCGCUUUCACCCGAUUACAUCACACAUUGAAACCAUUUCUCCACCCUGGAACAGCGGCCGACUGGUCCACCGGUGUCGCUGACUGUCUCGCAUGCCGGACGCUCCACUGUCAUGCAGGGGGUGUAGCAUCAGUUCUGUCUCAAAGGAACUGAAAAAAGAAAAGUGAAAAUGUCGGAGCCCAGCCCAUCCUCCCUGACAGAUCCUCCACUCCCCCUCACCUCCCCUCGCACCCCGCUCCAGGUCUCCUUCCCUUUCCUCAGAGAGGGCAGUCGUGUUUGGGAGAGGAAACCUCCUCAGGCGGGGGAGCUGCCUUCCCCACUGCCCACCAAGCGCACCCGCACAUAUUCCGCGACAGUACGAGCCCGGUCCGGCCCGGUCUUUAAAGGCGUGUGUAAGAACUUCUCCAGAUCUCAGGGUCAUGGGUUCAUACGGCCGUCUCAUGGUGGAGAGGACAUUUUUGUCCACGUUUCAGAUGUGGAAGGGGAGUACGUGCCUAUGGAGGGGGACGAGGUGACCUACAAGGUUUGUCCCAUCCCUCCCAAAAACCAGAAGAUCCAGGCAGUGGAGGUAGUCAUCACGCACCUUAACCCCGGCACCAAGCACGAGACCUGGUCCGGCCAAAUCAUCAGCUCCUAGACCUUUGCUCUGCUGUCUGUGAGGGACAACGGAAUGUGUAUUGGGUUUCUGCUUGGGUUGACUCAAGGUCAUUGGAACAAGAGGGUUUCAGGGAAAAAUCCACCUGGAAUGUAGGUUCGACUGUUUGAGGGGGAUAUUCAAGGGUGACCAUGUUAGUUUAACAGUUGCUUUUGGUGUCACUUUAAGAUGCAUUUCAACGUCUUGAUGUCUUACUGACAUUGUUUUAUGUAAUGUGAAACAUUUUUUAGAAAAUCGUGACAAAUCAUGAGAAAAGUUCACGCAAGUUCCUUUAAUUUCAGUGUUAUCACAUAACGUUACUACUUUUAUUAGACAGUAUUAUUACCAUCAGUACUACCUAAAAAAACAUGUCAUGUAGCUGCAUUGCUGGCGUAGCAUCACAGACCAAAAGCAAAGGUUGGUUGGGUCCAUGUUAAAAUAUUAACAUCAAAUCACACGUCAUUAAAAUGAGCAGAAUAUCAGAUUUGUAAGUUCGCCAUACAGUUCCACCACAUUCCCUGCAGCCUGAGGAACUUUCUUUUGAAGAGCUGCGUGUACUGUUCCAGCUAAUCCAUAGUGGAGUUGAUCUAACCAAGGGAAAAACUGCCAGUGUUCGUCUGUGAAAGAUGCACUGAUCUGCCUUCGGAGUAUUUUUCCUGGCGACUGUAAAACUGUGCACUUUUAGAAGGGCGUGAACACUUUCAUUUAGGCAUUUGAAAACCUAAUAAUCUUUCUGCUCUCACUAUUUUAAAAUGAAUUAUGAUUUUUUUGGUGUCUAGUGCAAGUGUUUUUUGCUCCAAUGACGGCUGCGUGUUCCUGUGGCAAACAUAUUUGCUGUGUGCAGAUGAAAAACCGGGCCAGAGGGUCAAGAGGAGUGACUGCUUGAAGUACCAUGCUGACAGAUUUGGAAAGUGAAAAAGGGAAACACUCAAGUCAAAAGGGAACACCUUUUUAACAAAAUAUGCUUCGGUAACCGUAAAUGUGAAAAAGCUGCAUAGGCUAGUUUAGCUGAAAGAGCCACGACAUUUUCUUUUGUGACACUAUGAUGUCAUUUACUGUCAUCACUAUUUUAUUUAUUUAUUUAUUUUUCAGAAAUUAGGCACAAUUUUGAGCUCAAAGGUAAAUGAUGACUGUUAGCUUCUAAUCCACACUAACUAGUAACAAAUAUAAUUUGAGUUAAAACCAGUAUUAUAAAUGCAUAUUUACCCUUUGAACAUGGACAUUAUUGCAGCUGUGUUUUGUGUCUCCUAAAGUUCAAAUAUUGCUCAAAUUAUUAUUAGGUAAGUGGUAUUCUUAUGCCCAAGAUCAUAAACUUGAAACAUAUUUGGGUUUCACACAGGAUUCUUUGGCUAUUGCUUACAUUCGCAUGUCAACACAAAUUGAACAAUCCGAUAAAUUCAAAACAGCGACUCAAAACAAAAAAAGUAACCAGUCAGGUUUCAGUAUAAAACACCAUCCUGAUGUCAUUUUUUUUACUUUGUACUGUAUAUAUAUAUAUAUAUAUUUCUGAAAAGGAUUACAGUCCGUAAAGUAGCCUAUAGUCUUCCUCAGGUUCAGAUGUCACACAUUUAUAGAAACAGAGUUGAAAUUGUAUUAAAUCUGAAGGCUGAAGUACUGUUUUCCCACAGUUCCCGCGUUGUUCGGGUUGUUGCAAUUGACUGUAAACCUGACAGUUUUCAUUGGGCAAACUCCCUUAACAGCUGAUGUAUGAGCCGUAUAAAUAACCCUGGUGAAGAGUAACUUUGCUUGAUCAAAUACACCCUCUGGUGAUCCUGCACUAGUGUUUGUCUCUUUAUGGCAGAUGUUUUUGGGGACGUGCACUCUGUACCGUGUCUAUGUGAUUUGUGUUAUUAUGCAACAACACUGUUUGAUGAUGUUCAUUGAUGUAACUUGUUAACCUCAUCAGUGUAUUGCCGCGUAAGCACUUUUUAUUUUCUUUUUAAAAAACACAGCGGUAGCUCGUCUGUUGCCCUGAGGAAAGAACAUUGAUUAAAAUACUGAUUCACAGAUUUGUCCGGCUGCUAAGUCUCUGCCUCUCACUGCUGGUUAGCUCUCUUUAGGAACAAUAGGACGUCUAUUUUAGGCGCCCUUCUUGACAUUGACACAGUUUCCUGGUUAAAUUGUCAGACGGUUUGUGCGUUCGACUUCCACCACCCCGACAGAAACUUGCUGACAUUUCCACCAUUUGAGUUGACUAACUGCCGUUUUGUUUGUUUUUUUGUCUUCAUGGAAUUGCUUAUCAAAUAAUGUUCUUCAUAGUGUGGGGAGAAUAGACAGUGUGAUCUAUUUUAGCCAAUAUGAACUCAUGUUCACUUAUUGAACAGGGUUCUAGGAAGUGCUCCAUAAAUAAUGCAUUAUUAUUAGCAGCAGUAGCAGGAUUAUGUUUAGUAUGGCAGCCCAUAUUAUUACAGGUAUUAACUUUGCUCAACUCAAAUGCAAACUUACUAUUGCCAUUAUUACAUCAAUUCUGAUAAUUUGUGGGGGGUUUUGUGUGUAU